AUGCCUGACCAAGAAGGCUUCGAUCUGUCAAUGUUGCACCCAUUAGCUCACGACGCCAGCCAUAUUCCCGUUGAGCAACUGACCAAGUCAGAGCAAGUUCAGCCAUGGAACGGCCAGCGGCAGAACGAAAUGCUCUACCAGCAGCUAUCAGCUAGUGCGUGGCAGCAUGAUACGUUCUCGAGGCCCUAUGCCAGAACAGAGCCUCUCCAGACGAGAAGCGCAGGCAUUCACAUGCGACGUAAUCCAUCUCAGAAUCCGUCCGAUGCAGAUUCGGGCUAUAUCUCACAGCCGAUGUCCUUUGGUGCAGAAUAUCUUGAUGUUGACACGUUCGCGUGCCAAUCCAAUGGUCUUAGUGAUACAGUCCAUUGGGAGCAUGUUCCUGAUAAUGCCUCGACAUGGCCGCCGCCCCCGCAGACGAUAGUGUCCGACACCGCAGCGCACCCAAGAAUUCGCCGAGAGUCUCGAAAACCAAGCCUUACACCGUGCCAACACUGCCAACGAUUGCCAAAGAAUCAUUCAGAUGCUAAGAAGCACGCAGAAACCCACCUGAGACGCUGGAAGUGCGAGGCAGCUGGCUGCACUAGAAAGGAUGGCUUUGCAACUCUCAACGACCUGGAACGACACCGCAAGAGUGUCCAUAGCCUCCGACCUUCGGUAGGGAGUGUCUUUGGCUACAUAUGUCAGGAAUGCGUACAGAAGUCAGAAGGCAGGGAUCGAAAAUUCUGGCCACGACGAGACAAUUUCAAAGCCCACAUACGGCGCAGACAUCCGAGAUGCGAUGAGGCACACCUUCUUGACAUGUAUGUAUACGACCUCAUUGGAACACCUUGUUGCUGA